AUGUUAAAUUCUGACUUGGAAAAUAAUAUAAAGCCAAAGGCUAUAGUUUUAUUAAAGGAUGCUUUUUGGGAUCCAGUUAUAAAAGAAUGGAUAUCUUCUUAUUCAUUUGAAGAACUACCUUCAGAACAACUUGAAAGAAUAUUGGCAAAAUUAUUUAUAAUUAUGGUCUCACCUAGUAAUAUAUCAAGAUGUGUUGUAUGUGGGAAAAAUAUAAUGAAGGGAACAUAUCGUAUUGGAGCUCCAGAAUAUGACCGUAGAGGUAGAUAUGGGAUAAUAAAUAGAUGGUAUCACAAAGAUAAAUGUAGCCAAAGGAUAUUAAAAAGUGCUAUAAUGGGAUUAAAUUUAAACAAUGAUUCUAUGGAAGAUGUAUUAAAUGAAAAAUUUGAUGAGAUAAUAUAUGGUUGGAUGGAUUUACCAGAGGAAAUUAAGAAGUCAAUAAUUACUUUAUCUAUAUCUGAAGAUAUAGAUGAAAAGCAUGAAAUAAUAGAUAGUAACGAUUUAGUACGUCGAGAAAUAGUUGAAAUUAGGGAAUCGCCUGUAAAUAUGAUUUUUGAGCUUCUAAAAUUUCAAAAGGAAGGUCUUGCAUGGAUGUGUAAACAAGAGAUGCCUAAUUCACUAGCUAAUGGCGGAAUAUUAGCUGAUGAAAUGGGAAUGGGUAAAACAAUUCAAAUGAUUGCAUUAAUGUUAGAACAUACAUGGCCCCCAAUAGCUAAUAAAUCAAAUUUAGAUAUUAAAUUGGAAGAUAAAGAAAUAUAUGGAGAUGUUAUUAAAGAAAAAAAUCAGUAUAAUUGUGAAAUAAUAGGUCAAAAUUUAGUUAUAGUACCAGUAGCAGCAGUACUACAAUGGAGACAAGAAAUUGAAAGAUUUUCAAAGCCAGGCGCAUUAAAAGUUCAUAUUUAUCAUGGAAAUAAAAGAUCAUCAACAUCAUCAGCAUAUGGUAAUAUUAAUUUGGAUGAGGCAAAUGUUGUAAUUACAACAUAUCCUACUCUUGAAGCAGAAUAUCGUCGUAUUUCUUCUUCAUUUAAAAUAAAGUGUCCUUAUUGUAAUAGAGAUUAUUUAAAACGAACUUUAAAAUUACACUUGAAAUAUUUUUGUGGUCCAAAUUCAAUUAGAACUGAAAAACAAGCAUUAACUAAAAGAAAGAAUGAAGGUUUAGAAAAAGCAAUGAGAACAUUGAAGAUUGGUAUUGAUCCAAAUAUAGAUAAAACUAAACAAAUGGAAACAAUUGCAUCGAAUUUACCAACAAUUAGUAAUGUAUAUAGGGAGAUUUUAGCAAAAGCUAAUUUGCUUGAUGAAGUUUCAAGUGGUAUUCCAUGUUCUAAUAUCAAGAAGAAAAUUAAGAAACGUGUUAGGAAAUAUAGAGAUUUUGAUAUUAAUAAUGAUAAUAAAUUCAAAACGACUAAAAAAAAUAAAAAGUGUGAAGAUAUGAUUGAUAAUAAACUUGAAGUUAUAAAAUCACAACAAUUUGAAGAUAGUAUUAUUAAAGAAUUUCUAACUUGGGGUAAUAUUAAGUUACCACUUAAAUUGAAUACAGUUAAGAAUAUUCAGAAUUUUUUAAAUAAUAUAAAAGGAAAGACUUUAGAGCUUUCAAAACAAUAUGGAAUAGAGGAGUCUAUAUUACAGAGUUUAGUAAAAUUAUUGGAAUUAUCUACAAGAACCAAAAAAGCAGAUUUAAUUUCUUUUAUAGAAGAUAUAUUAAAUAAAAUCUUAGAUUCAAAUAAUAAUAAUAAUAAUAAUAAUAAUAAUAAUAAUAAUAAUAAUGAAUCAAAUAUUAUUAAGAGGAGAAGCCCAAGAUUAGCAAAGUUAACAGAAAAAAAUAAAACUUUUAUAGAAUAUAAAGAAUUAGAUUCAGAUAAUACAUUUGAUGACUCUGGAUCUGAUUUUAAUGAAUUAAGUUCAUAUUCUACUGAUUCUGAUUAUACUAUUCUUGAUAAAAAAAGUUCAGAUAAUUACAAUAGCUAUAAAUCAAGAAAAGUUAAAGAUAGAAAUUCAUCUAAAAUAAAAUUAAGAAGUGUGAGUAGUAAUGACUAUAGUUCAAGUUGUGAUGAAAAUAUAGAUAUUCAGGAAAUAUUGAAUGGAGAUGAUAGUGAUAGUGAUAAUGAUGAUGAUGAAGUUUCUAUUUUGGCAUCAUUAAGACAUAAUUCUCCAAUAUUUCGAAAAGUAUGGGGGAGAAUUAUUUUAGAUGAAGCCCAUAGAAUAAAAGCAAGGACUACAUCUACUGCAAAGGCGAUAUUUGCAUUACAAAGUUUUGGAACAAAAUGGUGUUUAACUGGUACACCUUUACAAAAUCGUGUUGGUGAAUUGUAUUCUUUAGUCAGAUUUAUUGGAUAUAGUCCAUAUGCAUAUUAUUUUUGUCAAAAAAGAAAUUGUAAUUGUAGAGAAUUAAAUUAUGUAGUGCAUAUGAAAUUUUGCCCAAAUUGUAAUCAUGCUCGUUCAAGCCAUUAUUCUUAUUUUAAUAAGAUGAUUAUAAAUCCUAUUAAACGUUAUGGAUUUUCUGGAGAAGGAAGGAAGGCAUUAAAACGUUUAAAGGAUGAAAUUUUAGAUGUUGUACUCUUAAGAAGGACUAAAGUUCAGAGACAAGAAGAUAUUAAAUUACCACCACUAAAUGUUAGAAUUCGUUAUGAUAAUUUAUCACUUCCAGAGAAAGAUUUUUAUAUAUCAUUAUAUCAACGUUCUAAAAUUCAGUUUGAUACAUAUGUACAAGAAGGUACAAUUCUACAUAAUUAUGCUCAUGUGUUUGAUUUAAUUAGUAGAUUAAGACAAGCUGCUGAUCAUCCAUACCUUAUUGUAUAUGGGCAACUUAGACCACCAGAAACUGAAGAAAUUAAUAAGGAUAAUAUGAAAGAAGAUUUUAAUUUAGAUAGUCAAAAUUGCGUUAUUAAUAGUAAUAAUUUAGAUAUUUCGAAAAAUAAAAAGUCUAUAAAUUUAAUUCCAUCAAAGAGUCGUGCUGCAAAUGAUGAGGAUUUAUGCUACAUAUGUAUGGAUAAUGUUUUAAAUUCAGAUAGGGUCAUUGGUAAAUGUCAUCAUAGUUUUCAUCGUGAAUGUCUUAUUGAUUAUAUGAAUCAAGCUCCACAAGUUGAAACUCCAAAAGAAUUAGAAGAUGGUACUGAGGCUAUGGGUGUUUUAGGAUGCCCAUGUUGUUAUGCACCUUUAACAGUUGACUUAAGGAUUCAUAAUAAUAAAAAGACAUUUGAAUUAGGUCAAUAUUAUGAUAAUAAUGAUUCUUUAAAAGAUGAUGAACAAGAAGAAGAGAUAGAAAGACAACUUGAACGUCGCCAAUUAGCUAAAGAAAUGGGUAUCUUAAAAGAUGAAAAUAAUAUGGGAUUAAAUGAAACUGAAAAACAAAAAUUUGAUGACAAUUUAUUAAAAAAUGACUCAUACAUUUUUGAACAUGUUCGUAAUAAAAAUAUUAUACGACAAAUAAAAUCAGAAGGCUUUGAAAGCUCUACAAAAAUAAAUGCUCUAUUAGAUGAGAUAAACCAAAUGAUAUUAAGUGAUCCCGAUGCAAAAGGAAUAAUCUUCUCACAAUUUACAAAUAUGCUUGAUUUAGUUAUGUAUAAAUUGAAAAAAUCCAAUAUUGAUUGUGCACUUUUAGCAGGUUCUAUGACAAUGAUACAAAGAAAUAGUAUAUUGUAUUCAUUUAAUAAAUUUCCAGACUUAAAACUUCUUUUAAUUAGUUUAAAGGCUGGUGGUGAGGGUCUAAAUUUACAAGUAGCAAAUUAUGUAUUUCUAUUGGAUCCUUGGUGGAACCCAGCAGUUGAAUUACAAGCAUUUCAAAGAGCUCAUCGUAUUGGUCAGACAAAGCCUGUUACUGCAAUUCGCUUUAUAAUUAAAGAUACUAUUGAAGAAAGAAUGAUUCAACUUCAAGAAAAGAAACAGCUGGUAUUUGAUGGAACAGUAGGUGCAUCUAAUCAGGCUUUACAAAAGCUUAAUACUGAAGAUCUUAAAUUUCUUUUCCAGAAUUAA